AUGGCUAGGAUGCACGCAAAGCCUCGUCUUCAUCUCGAUCCAAUCGCAGCAGGCAGUCUGCCUCCCUCUAGCUAUACCCUAGCAGUAGAGCAUUAUCCACAUGUCUCUUCGUUUCGGUCUCUGCAGAUGGAAAUGCAACUAUACAGCCCAUCUGUAAAGACAGCCCGACAGGAGGGCAGCGAUAAAGUCAAAACUAGACCUGUCUUUGGAGACCUCGAUCGGGUGGAGGGGAAGGUGAUUCUGGACUCUAGUUGUUCUCAAUCCGGUCGUCUGUCAAUAUCUAUUGAAGGCGUCUUUGAGUACACUUCCGCCCAGACGGAAGUCAGCGAGGACUAUUACUACCAGCAGAAACAAAAAAAUGGGAAACAUAGACAUGUUUUCUUGUCCUCGUUGGCUGUCGUACCUAUGUCUCCCCCUCCGGAUAACAGUCCUCGCGGCGCUUUGCGUGAAGCAUUCGCUGUUCGAAAGCGCCCAAGUGUGAACAACUUGAACGCUGCAAGUAGAUCUUGUGAAUUCAGUUUUGAAAUUCCUCGUGGCUCCAGACCCGGGGAAGAUAUGCCUCCUACGUUCUCCGCAUCCACUCUCGUGGAGCAUGUUCAACGCAAAAGAGCUUUUGUUGAGAAAGCUGAGGUAUCAUAUCGCGUUACCGCGGUAUGGGAAGCCACUGAUGGUUCCGAAAAUCGCACAUUCUUGGAAGCCCCGAUAUUAUUCCAACCCGACACUGAUUUUCAGUCGCUGGACGGCUUGUCGAUGGAUCCAGAAUGCUGGCUAGAAAUGCCCUUGAAAGCCGACCGUCCCAUUCCUUUCCAAUGUGCACUAACACUACCUAGUCCUAAUUCCUUCCCGCGAGCUUCAUCUAUUCCCUAUUUCGUCGUUUUCACCACAACACCCCGAUCACCUUCACUCGCUCGCGAAAUUGCCGCGGAUGCCACUAUCGUAGUCUCCCUGAUUCGCCAAGUGACUAUUACCCACCAAUCACCAUCUAUGCCACCGACACCUCCCGACACCCCUCCUCUCAGCGAUGACUCAGACAACCAAUCCCCUGGAUCACGGACUGGCAACAGACUUCUCAGACGAGUCGCCAGAUUGGACCAGCCAGUCACCGUGCGUAUGCCUCGCACUCCGGAAGAACCUUUCGCCGCAGCAAUCAGGUACAAACCUCUACCCAACAUUCCAAAAGAAUCCUUCUCUGAGUCUCGGACUAUUCACACUGAAGUUUUCAUCGGUUUCCCCAAACGACCCCGAAAUCGCCAGGAUCCUCGGAGUCAGCCGUCACAGGAGUCGCAUGCUGCCCUCCCGGAUGGCCUUUUCAAGGGAAAAAUCCAAUUAUGCAAGGACAUGCUGCCUGGCGUUGAUUGGCCUGGCCUUAGUGUGAAGUAUUACUUGGAUGUUUCCGUACUAUUUGGACAAGAUGAUCUCAGGGCCCGUUUCCCCAUUCGAGUAUAUUAA